AUGGCUGGUGACGACGACAAGAAGCAGCAUUUCGAUGCGUCAGGCGCAUCUACUACUGAGGACAAAACCGCCACUGCGAUUUUGAGGAGAAAGAAGAAGGACAAUGCGUUGAUUGUGGACGAUGCCACCAACGACGACAACUCGGUGAUCACGAUGUCUUCCGACACAAUGGAGCUUUUGCAGUUGUUCCGUGGUGACACUGUGUUGGUGAAAGGCAAGAAGAGAAAGGACACGGUGCUUAUUGUUCUUGCUGACGACGACAUGGAGAACGGAGUGGCAAGAGUCAACCGUUGUGUUCGAAACAAUUUGCGUGUCAGGUUGGGGGACAUCAUCACGGUCCAUCCAUGUCCCGAUAUCAAGUACGCCAACAGAAUUUCGGUUUUGCCAAUUGCCGAUACUGUUGAAGGUAUCACUGGAUCCUUGUUUGAUCUCUAUUUGAAGCCAUACUUUGUUGAAGCUUAUAGACCCGUGAGAAAAGGAGACUAUUUCACAGUGAGGGGUGGAAUGAGACAGGUGGAGUUCAAGGUUGUUGAAGUGGACCCUGAAGAAAUUGCUAUUGUGGCUCAGGAUACCAUCAUUCACUGUGAAGGCGAACCAAUUAACCGUGAAGAUGAAGAAAACAACAUGAACGAGGUUGGCUAUGACGAUAUUGGAGGAUGCAAAAAGCAAAUGGCCCAAAUUAGGGAGUUGGUUGAAUUGCCCUUGAGACACCCCCAGUUGUUCAAGUCCAUCGGUAUCAAGCCUCCUAAAGGUAUAUUGAUGUAUGGUCCUCCGGGAACUGGUAAGACGAUCAUGGCACGUGCCGUGGCCAAUGAGACAGGUGCAUUUUUCUUCUUGAUCAAUGGUCCUGAAAUCAUGUCCAAGAUGGCUGGUGAAUCAGAAUCCAACUUGAGAAAAGCAUUUGAAGAAGCUGAAAAGAACUCACCAUCGAUUAUUUUUAUCGAUGAAAUUGACUCUAUUGCUCCCAAGAGAGACAAAACCAAUGGUGAAGUUGAAAGAAGAGUCGUGUCACAGUUGUUGACGCUAAUGGACGGUAUGAAGGCCAGAGCCAAUGUUGUCGUUAUUGCUGCAACCAACAGACCAAACUCGAUUGAUCCUGCAUUGAGGAGAUUUGGAAGAUUUGAUAGAGAAGUCGAUAUUGGGGUUCCAGAUGCCGAAGGACGUUUGGAGAUUUUGAGAAUCCACACCAAGAAUAUGAAGUUGGCUGACGAUGUUGAUUUGGAAGCCAUUGCCGCAGAAACGCACGGUUUUGUUGGUGCAGAUGUGGCCUCGUUGUGCUCCGAGGCUGCCAUGCAACAGAUUCGUGAAAAGAUGGACCUCAUUGACUUGGAAGAAGAGACCAUUGACACUGAAGUGUUGAACUCUCUUGGGGUCACCCAGGACAACUUUAGAUUUGCCCUUGGCAACUCCAACCCAUCGGCAUUGCGUGAAACCGUUGUUGAGAAUGUCAAUGUCACUUGGGACGACAUUGGUGGUUUGGACAAUAUCAAGAAUGAGUUGAAGGAAACCGUUGAAUACCCAGUGUUGCACCCAGACCAAUACCAAAAGUUUGGUUUGGCUCCAACAAAGGGUGUCUUGUUCUUUGGUCCCCCUGGUACUGGUAAGACACUUUUGGCCAAGGCCGUUGCCACGGAAGUUUCUGCCAACUUUAUCAGUGUCAAAGGUCCCGAGUUGUUGAGUAUGUGGUAUGGUGAAUCCGAGUCCAACAUUCGAGAUAUUUUUGAUAAAGCGAGAGCCGCGGCUCCCACUGUUGUGUUUUUGGACGAAUUGGACUCGAUUGCCAAAUCUAGAGGUGGAUCACAAGGCGACGCUGGGGGAGCAUCGGAUAGAGUUGUUAAUCAAUUGUUGACCGAGAUGGAUGGUAUGAAUGCCAAAAAGAAUGUUUUCGUGAUUGGUGCUACCAACAGACCCGAUCAGAUAGAUCCCGCGUUGUUGAGACCAGGUAGAUUGGACCAGUUGAUUUACGUUCCAUUACCAGAUGAGCCCGCGAGAUUGUCAAUAUUGCAAGCUCAAUUGAGAAACACUCCAUUAGAACCAGGCUUAGACUUGAAAGAAAUUGCCAAAAUCACCCAUGGAUUCUCUGGUGCCGAUUUAUCUUACAUCGUGCAAAGAUCAGCCAAAUUUGCCAUUAAGGACUCCAUUGAAGCCCAGGUUAGAAUCUCGAAAGCCAAGGAAGGCAAGGGCGAGGUCAAGACUGAAGAUGUUGAUAUGGUUGAAGGAGGAGCAGGAGAAGGAGAAGAAGAAGAAGAGGAUCCAGUUCCUUACAUCACCAGAGCUCAUGUCGAGGAAGCCAUGAAGACUGCCAAGAGAUCGGUUUCCGAUGCCGAAUUGCGUCGUUAUGAAGCUUAUGCUCAGCAAUUGCAAGCAUCUAGAGGUCAAUUUGCCAAUUUCAGAUUCAAUGAAAAUGGCGCCGGUGCUGCAGGUGGAGCAAGCUUGGGAUCAGGCGCUGCGUUCGGAAGCGUUGAAGAGGAGGACGACUUGUACAGCUAA